UGUGGGUUCGAGUCCCACCAGGCGUGACUUGUUAUCAUUAUUUGAUGAUGACAUUCUUUUGAUGAAGGACGUAGUAGUUUUUUUUCCCCGACAUUGCUGCUCAGCCUCCAAUACAACUCUAAAUCAUCUUUUUUUUCUUUCCAAAUUGAAUUACGAAAGAGAUUUGAUUUGAGUGCGAAAGGGCUGGAGAUGAGCGGAGAGGAAACACUGGUGGAAGCGGCGCUCCGAGUAUUGAACACAGCUGACCCGGUGGAGAAGGCCCGGAUCGGAGAUGACGUCGCCAACAGAUGGCUCCAGGGCCUCAUUUCCCGGCCAUAUGACUCCUCCCUAGACCUCCCAGUACCUCACCGCCCUGCAAGGCUCACUGAUGUGGAGCUAGUAUCACCGAGUAUGAUGCCGAAGCUCAGGAAAGCUGGAAGCUUGCAGAGUAGACAAGCCAUUGUGCACAGUCUUGUUCACAUUGAAAGCUGGGCUAUUGACUUGUCUUGGGACAUAAUUGCUCGUUUUGGUAAGCAAGAAUCAAUGCCGAGAGAGUUUUUCACAGAUUUUGUUAAGGUCGCACAAGAUGAAGGCAGGCAUUUUUCCAUGCUUGCUGCAAGGCUCAAGGAGCUGGGCUCCUUUUAUGGAGCAUUGCCAGCCCAUGAUGGCCUCUGGGAUUCAGCCAUGGCUACCUCCAAGGAUUUGUUGGCAAGAUUGGCAAUUGAACAUUGUGUUCAUGAGGUUUCACUCUCCCCAUAACAUAUUUCCUCAACCGGACUAUCAUUGUUUUGUCUUGAGAAAAUACCGCAUUCACUACUAGAAGAAAAAGUUUGAACUGUUUUUGUUCUUUUAUUAGGAUUGAAUAAGUCAUAUGGAGUAUUGUUAAAAUAAAACCAAAUCACCUCUAUUUGUGAGCAUGACUUAAUUUGAUGUUAAUUCUACCAUUACUUUCACUCCAGACAUAUAGCCUUGUAGUUUAAUCACAACAAAGCGAUAUAGCAAGGAAAAAAUCACCUUUUUGAAGAUCUGCUGCUGAUUCUGAGUUCACAAUGUUUUCUAUAGAUAUUGAAAAUGAUCAAACAGAAUAUAUAUCACAUAACAAUGAUCAAACAUAAUAUCAUCUUGUUGUAUUCAAAGCAUAUAUAUUGAUUUGUGUGUGUGUCGUCCAACAACUUACUGUCCUGGAAUUAAGGCUAGGGGACUGGAUGUGGUGCCAACAACAAUCUCACGUUUCCGAAAUGGAGGUGAUAAUGAGACGGCUGACUUGCUAGAGACGGUUAUUUACCCAGAAGAGAUAACCCACUGUGCUGCUGGGGUGAAAUGGUUCAAGUACCUUUGCUUGAGGUCAAGAAAUCCAAAUUUAGGCGAUGACAUCCUCUUGUUGCAAGGUGAUGUGAGCACUGCCGACGUUGAUGAAGAAGUGAUUAGAAAAUUUCAUGCCACUGUAAAAGCGCAUUUCAGAGGUCCGCUAAAGCCGCCUUUCAAUGUGGCUGCUAGAGAGGCUGCUGGGUUUGGGCCUCUAUGGUAUGAACCUCUUGCAGUGAAAGAUGUAUCCUCCUCUGUAUAGUGACCACUGAACAUGAUGUUGUUGUCUGAUAUGAACAUCCAUUCUAUUGUUUGUUUUUCUUUUUUACUAACCUUCCACAUGGGCCACGUUCCCAAUGACGGUGUAAAACUGUAAACACAUCUACUGUUUUUUCUAACAUUCCUCUCGCAUCCCUUCAGUGUUGCAUUUGCUACAAGAGCAUAUAUCGACAAUAUAAAAUGAAAAAUGACUUGCCCACUA